UUGAUAAGAGGUACAAAUCAUAUUGACCUACAAGAAGGUAAGAUUUUCUCUAUUAAAGCUCUUGUUCAUGGAAAUAAGGUUGCGCUGUCCAUAUAUGAUGGAAAUACAAAGCUUGGAGAAUUAUUGAGCGAAUCAGGAUUUUUUAAGCAAGUUGAAGGCCAAACUAAAGAAACUUUUGUUUUUGAGGAUAUAUUGCACAACUUAAAUGUUCAAUAUGAUGGUGGUACUUAUAUGGUGGUUACAAAAGAAAAUGGUCAUUAUAAAGCUUCUCUGAUAGAUGGAAGAACAGUUGAACCUAAUGAAUACUUUGAUGAGGCGCAUUUACAUGAAAAUGAGUUGUUGCAUCCUGGCACUGGACACAUCCAAAAAGAUUUAGAUUCUCUGCUCCUUAGAGGUACCAAAAUUUUGAAUCAUCAGGAUUCAGAGCAUGCACAAUAUUCUGAUGAGCAAAAGGCAAACGGAGUGAUCGUGGAAAAAGGAAAAUUACUGGAUAAUAAGGGAACAGAUAGGACAGACGACGAUAUAUACGAAGCGGUUGUAAAGCAAGGAGAAAAGCGCUUACGUGAGUCCAAAAAUAUGGUUUUUUAUAUUACCGAGAAAGGUGAUCUAUUUAUUCAUGGCCAUGGAGCAAAUGUAAGGUUUCAACUACCACAAAGUAUUACUCAUCUAAAAUUAGUGGAAAAAGACGGAGCAUAUAAGCUUGUUCCGGUGAUGAAAAAUGAUGACGAACAUCCAAUAGGUAUGCCAAAUAUACCAGAUGAAUAUAGAUAUAUAGAUCCAAUAUUUGCACAUGAAUAUGAGAAGAGAGAUUAUUCCCAUAAACAUGUAAAUGUGGGCCUUAUAAACUUAGAGAAAUAUGGUUAUGGCAAACUUUUUGCUAUAAAGUACGACCCAAAUGAUUACCACAUACAAAGAAACUCUAGCGGUGAGAUAGUUAGAAUAAAAGAUCAAGUAUAUUCCACUAAAGUAAAACUAUUUGAUGGUGAUAUUGAUGAAGAAAUCGGAAUGUUAUCUAAUCAUUUCCAUAAUGUGACGGCCCAAAAAUAG